UCUGCCGUGCGCUGCGGCAGCCCGGGGACACUGGCCAUGGCGGCCUUGCGAAGCUCGAGGAGGGCUUUUCUCCCUCCGCUCUGCCGUGCCUUCGCUGGCCCCGGCUGUCAGCUCGCCCCUGAGCGCGGCGCGGAGCGCAGGGAUGCGGCGUCCGGCCGGGAAAAAGAAGAAUUUAUUCACUCAAGACUAAAAGCUAAAGGCCUGGAACUGAGAGCUGGAUCAGGUCAAAAAGCAACAUUAGAUGCAGAAGAAAUGGCUGACUUUUACAAGGAAUUUUUAAGUAAAAAUUUUCUGAAGCACAUGUAUUAUAACAGACUGGUACAAGCGUAAUUUUGCCAUCACCUUCUUCAUGGGAAAAGUGGCCCUGGAGAGAGUUUGGAGCAAGCUUAGACCAAAACCAAAGACCAGCACCUAGGAGCCCACCCUGACCCGCCCACCGCCGCUGUCGGAGUUUCCUGGGAGUUUUCUGGGAGAAGCGGCUGCUCUGGGAAUCCAUUUUACAAGGGUUCUAAAAACCUGUAAGUGAACUGAGUCCCACGCCUACUUUAUGGGGGCCCCUUGGCUUAUGUCAGCACAGGGUGGACUGGGAGAGUGGGGGUCCUGGUGAGCUGUGGGCCAUGUGACUCUGUCCUGACUGGGGAUUCCAAGCUGGCCCUGGGUCAUGGACAUGAUGUUAAAUAAAACCCAAGCACUGUGUACCCGUGUUCUGUGUUUUUGAAUUCUACCAGUUUGAA